AUGGGUAUCAGAGCGAUGCUGCGAGCCGCCGUGCUCCUGCUACUCAUCAGGACCUGGCUCGCGGAGGGCAACGACCGCAGUCCUACCCCAAAAUUCCACUUCGAGCUCUCCCCUACCGUGCCCGAAGUCAUCUUGAACCUCUUCAGCUGCAAAAAUUGUGCAAAUGAAGCUGUGGUUCACAAGAUUUUGGACAGGGUGCUGUCGAGAUAUGAUGUCCGUCUGAGGCCAAAUUUUGGAGGUGCCCCUGUGCCCGUGGGAGUAUCUAUCUAUGUCUCCAGUAUUGAACAGAUCUCAGAAAUGACUAUGGACUAUACGAUCACGAUGUUUUUUCAUCAAACCUGGAAAGAUCCACGUUUAGCAUACCAUGAGACCAACCUGAACUUGACCCUGGACUAUCGGAUGCUGGAGAAGUUGUGGGUCCCUGACUGCUACUUUCUAAAUAGCAAGGAUGAUUUUGUGCAUGAUGUGACUGUGGAAAAUCGCGUGUUUCAGCUUCACCCAGAUGGAACAGUGCGGUAUGGCAUCCGACUUACCACCACAGCAGCUUGUUCCCUGGAUCUGCAAAAAUUCCCUCUGGACAAGCAGACCUGCAAGCUGGAAGUGGAGAGCUAUGGCUACACGGUUGAAGACAUCGUAUUAUACUGGGAAGGCAAUGGGAAUGCCAUCCAAGGGACUGAGAAGCUGCACAUUCCUCAGUUCAGCUUCCUGGGAAAGAUAAUGACUAGCAAAGAGGUGUUUUUCUACACAGGUUCCUAUGUGCGCCUGAUACUGAGGUUCCUGGUCCAGAGGGAAGUCACCAGCUACCUUGUGCAGAUCUAUUGGCCUACUGUUCUCACCACUGUUGUCUCUUGGAUAUCAUUUUGGAUGAACUACGAAUCUUCUGCAGCCAGGGUGACAGUUGGUCUGACUUCAAUGCUCAUCCUGAAUGCCAUCAACUCACAUCUGCGGGAUAAACUCCCCCAAGUUGCCUAUAUUAAGGCCAUUGACAUCUAUAUGGUCGUAUGCUUCUUCUUCGUGUUCCUGUCCUUGCUGGAGUAUGUCUACAUCAACUAUCUUUUCUACAGCCGAGGAGGAUCCCGGCGCAACCAAAGGCGACACAGGAGAGCCCAAAGAGUCAUGGCCCGCUACCGCUACCGGGAAGUGAUGCUGCAGGAUGCCCAGGUUAGCAUAGAAGAUGAAAGUGACUCUCUUUCCUCCAGACCAGUGCAGGCCUGCCUGGCAAGCCUAGAAAGCCUCAGCUCUUUGAUAUCCAUCCCAGAGCAGGCCCCACUGGCCACCUCAGAAAGCUUCAGCUCACUAUCUUCUCUCUCAGAGCAGGCCUGGCUGGCCUCUAGAGAAAGCCUGAGUGAUCUCCCCUCCACCUCAGAGCAGGCCCUGCCCAGCUAUGGCAUUCGCUUUAAUGGUUCUGAGAUUGAUGACAGUGUUAUUCCUACUGAAAUCCGCAACCGUGCUGACGCCCACGGCCAUGCUGAUACCCGUGACCCAGAAGACCCUGAAGAGAACACGAGCUCAGAUGAGAGUCAUGGCCAUGGCCCUAGUGGGAGGCAUCUGCUUGUCUAUGGUCACAGGUGUGUGCAGGAAGCAAGCUGCAGCCUUGAUGAGAUCCAUAUUGAGAGCGGCUACCUUGACCUUGAGAAGCAACUCAGGUGUGAUCUUAACAGUACCUGGAGCCUUAAUGUUGAUGAUUUCAUGGGCUUUGACCAAGGCAAGGACAGUAACUCAGAGUCUGAUGACAGUUGCCCCCCGAGUCCUGGGUGCUCCUUCAGUGAAGGGUUCUCCUCCAAGCUCUUUGACCCUGACUAUGUCCCUGAGGUUGACAGGUGGUCCCGGAUCCUCUUCCCUCUUGCCUUUGUGGUGUUCAACAUUGUCUACUGGGCAUUUCAUAUCAAUUAG